CCCGUUAAAUUCCUUAAGUCUUCACACUGUCUUUGUUAGGAAGUGUUACAUUUGCAAUAGCCUAAAUUACAUAGACUACUCGUUGUGUUGUUCUGGUUUAAUCUUGACCCAAGUAGGCCUUUAUUCUUUUUUAAAAAGUUAAGGAUUCAUGCCACGUAGACUAGGUCUACUCAGUUGAAGAACUUGAAACUUGGAGAACUGAAACGCCGAGGAUUGAGGAGGAAAAGGAGUUGGCAUUGUGUAGGCUAGCGGACACCAGGAAACAAUCCCAAGGAAAAAAGGCAAAAGUUUGAAAACCGAUGUAACCUAAUGGAAAUAAUGAAAAAGACAAAUAUCUUACAUAUAGACCUCCCCGUGAAGCAAAGUGGAAAAUCUGAGUCAUAAGGAUCACUGUCGAAUAACGAAACUCCUUCACCUUGUGAGCUUUCUAAACCUUCAGACACCCUUGGAAGAUAAAUGGAGGGAACGAAGGAGCAAGAGCGAGAGAGAGGAGAAGAAAAAGAAAGUGAUGAGACAGAGGAAGACUCAGAGGGCGCAGCACCAGUGUGGCAGAAUGACUACGCAGAGGACGAUCUUGGUUUACCCAUCAUGCAUUGGGAAGCUUUGAGCCUACGGAUUGCAGAGCUUGAGAAACAGGAGGAAGAGAGGAGAGAAAAGGAGGGUAUUGCAAAACUCCCAGACUGGACAAAGGGACAAGAUCUUGGAAUCCACCGGGACACCUGGGAGGAUGGAGAGGACCUCAACAGCCGUGUGUCUGCUCUAACAUCACGGGGUCAUAUGAAUCUGCAGCUGUGCUUCAUCAAUGAUAGUGAGAGUGAGGAGGAAGAAGAGGAACAAACGUCCAAGCGAGCAGGAAAGAAGUCUGCACAGCCAGCUUCAACAAAUGCCUCUAUAAAUAAAAGCAAGCCGACCGGUUUCAAGAUGGAAGUCCGAGCUGCUCUGAAUGCCCUCAGAGAUAAAUUGUGGACCGAACAGAAACGGGAGAGUUCUUCACACAAGAUUCUGAAGAAGCCGCUUGACCGUAGGGAGCUGCAGAAGCUCAGCCUAAGGGAGCUCGUGGCAUUACGGACCUCUCUCAGCAAAGACAUUCAAGACCUCAGCUCAGAGCUUGUUGGCCGCCUUCUCACACGGGACCAGCUGAGGACGGAACAGGACGCCAUGCUUCUGGAAGUGCAAGACAUGACAGCACUCUGAUAUGCUGUCUGCGCCCAAACUGCUGCUAGAGCAAACAACACAAAUGUUACUGUGAAAAGCUUAAAUCAGUCUUAAAGACUUGGGAUUGCACAGUAUUUUUUAAACAUAUCGUUAUAAGGGAACUGUUUCAGAAUGUCCGCUGCAUGAUGUUGCUGGGCACACGGCCCCGUAUUAAUCCCCAAUCUGUAUUCUUUUUCUGGAAGAUUCACAAGAGACGACAUGCUUGGAAAAUUACCUCAUCGCCUGGUUAUACUGGCCACCUUCAAUGCCCUUGGAAUGUAUUGCAUUUGAGUUGCAGAAUUGACCAAGAAUAAUCAAAGACACAGGGGGGAAAUCUGACUUCAAAGACUUCAAACCUGCUUGUCAUCCUGUGAUCCUGCCUUUUAAAAAAAAUUCAAACCAAGACUGAAAAUAUGCUAUAAAGGGAAUGGAUUAACAAUAUUUUAUUUUCUACUACUUGAGCAUAGGUGUAUUACAUAAGGGAAUAACAUUGGCUUUUUUUUAUUAUUGUUAUUGUUAUUAUGUGUUUCAAAAAUGUGUUGUUUACGUCCUUUUAUUUUCAAGAUGGUUUUACCUUUUGUAUCAUCUGCCAAUUUAAAAACACAAAUAUUUUUUAAUGACCUUCCUUGUUUCUGAUGUAUAGAUGUGUCAUAAUCUUUUGUUGGGUCUUUUGUAACCAGUGGAAUGUGUUUACCACUGUCAAUGUUUUUAGUUUUGUAAAAUGAUGCUGGCUGCAGGACAAAUGCAACAAAGGACAUCUGCAGUGCCAUCUACAUUUAUUGGCACCCCUGGUAAAAUUGAGUAAAAAGAGUUAAAUAAUAAUAAUAAUAAUUUGUACAAUGAAAACAGUGAGGACAUGUCCUACCUUGAAGGGAAGCAAAUGUAUCUCCUUUGUCCUUGUGAGUUGGAGAAUACAAAGCAAGGGUUUUGAGACUCUUUUUGAACCUCUUUACAAAAUCUCUCCGGAUAGUCCAGCGUCCGUCCACUCUUGUGCCUUUUCCUCUUUGGCACACCUCACUGUUUUUCUGUGUCUUAGAAGAGACUGACAGAAUUUUAUUGACCAUUUUCAGGUUUUUCAUGGAGUUCAAGAUACCAUGCACAGUAAUGAGGUUCCCAGGGCCUUUUGCAUAAAACAGCCCCAUAAUAUCAUCGACUGUCCACCAUAUGUAUCAUGGGCAUUGAGUUCUUUUCAGUAUGGACAUUCUUCUAUUUACGCCAAACCCACCUUGAGAGCUUGAAUUUAAUUUAAUCUGACAAUAGAAUCUAAUUCCAGACAAAGUCCAUCAAGUAGCAAUCAGUAACUCUAGCCAUUAACAUGUGUGAUUAAAUAACAGGAAAGACUUUUUUCCAGACGUGCCUUCUAAAUAAUCUAUUAGCACAGAGGUCACUUAUGAAGUGUUUUGGAGACUUUAUGUCACUAAGGGGUUAUUUUUUGUCCUUAAGAAAUUAUGCGCCUCUCUUGCCUUCUCACUGUCCAUGGGGGCAAGAUAAUCUAUGUCCAAGCAAGUUUGUCACAUUUUGAGUUGAUUGGAACAUCUUGUUAUUUGAUAUAUGUCUUGAAUUAUGUACAUGUCUGACAAAGGUCAACACACUUUCCUUAUGUUUGAAAUGAACGUAUUCUCUUGUCUUUCCCAUGUUGAAAAAUGGCAAGGGCCUCUGUGUCACCUUGUCACAACUUUAUUUUAUACCUCAGUGAAACAAGAGGUCAUUGAUUACUGCUUGAAAGUUCAUAGACACUAAGGAGUAAAGUGGAAAAAGCAUUGCCAUUUUGACAUUUGAAACAUUUUGUUUUUGAUUCUCUAGGGGUGCCAAUAAUUGUGUAUUUGUUUACACAAUUGUCUCAGCUUAUGUGCCUUUUGUUUCUCCUUUCAACAAAGUAUUGUUUGAAUGCAAACAGUUUUAUUUGACUUGUAAUAUUAUGUGCAGUCGUUACAACAUUCUAUAUGUUCUAUUCAUACAGUCUUCUUUUGAGGAACUGUCUCAUUCUAAUGCAAGCUUCUGUGUGUGUCUGCCACAGCCAACACGUCUCUUUGCUAUGGCUUACAUGAUAAGAUGUGGGCCAAUACUAUUUUGGGGCAACACAACAGCUUAUGUGGGUAUACACAUGGGAAAACAGGUUAUGACUGAAUUUAUAUGUUAUUGUCAAUAAUUUGUACUGCCCUGUUUUGUACUCACUGAAUAAAU